GCAAAGACACAGAGACAAAUGACGGACCAUUUCGCAUUUCAAGUCCAUUUCCCGAAACUCGGCACUAAAGGGAUAUGAACAAAAGAAUAAGAGAUUUCUAAAACAUAGAUAGAACUGAUCGAGAGGAAAAUAGAGAGGAAAAAAAAAAGGAAAAAGGGAAAACAAAUCUUUGUUCAAAAGUCGCAGUCAUCUUCUUCGAAGAAACCUUCUUUAGAUCUUAUUUCAAACAAACCAGACGUCAACUACCCAACUUCUCCGCACUUUGUCUUGUUCUUCUUGUCAAAUUUUACUCCAUUUACACUUUUCCAUCUCUCUGAGUCUUUAGUAAGGUUGUUGGAGACUGUUCCACUUUGGGUUUUUUUUCUGUUCUAAUCAGACUAUCAUCUGCUUUAUUUUUUUUGUUUGGAACUUUAAAGAAAGGGUAAAGCAGAGAUGCACUCGGACUCUGAAUUUUCUUAGAGUUUUCUCAGAAUUAUCUUGGACAUAGAGAAGGAAGAGAAUAUGCAGGUGCGGAACAAAUACAGGAAACCAACAGUUAUCCAUUGUAAUGUAGGGAGCAGAUGUUCAAUUUGUGCUGUUGUUUGGAGCUUGGUUGGGAUUCUUCUUAUGCUUCAACUCUGUUCUCUUGUUAGCCGCAGAAAUGAAGUCAGUGGAGAUAUAAGAUUACGAAUGAGUCGUCAUCCACUAGUCUGGGAACUUGAACAGGUGGAGGAGGAGAAUAUUCAAAUUCCCCCUCAUAGGGGAAAACGAUCUCCACAUGCUAAACGGAGACCCAAGCGAACAACCACUCUGGUUGAUGAAUUUCUUGACGAGAAUUCACAGAUUCGGCAUGUAUUCUUUCCAGAUUUGAAAACUGCUAUUAAUCCGAUAAAGGAUGCAGGAAACAAUAGCAACUACUAUUAUCCAGGGAGAAUUUGGUUGGAUACCGAUGGAAAUCCUAUUCAAGCUCAUGGAGGUGGCAUGUUAUACGAUGAAAGAUCCAGUACAUACUAUUGGUAUGGAGAGUACAAAGAUGGACUAACAUACCAUGCUCAUAAAAAGGGUGCAGCACGAGUUGACAUCAUAGGAGUUGGUUGCUAUUCUUCCAAGGAUUUGUGGACAUGGAAAAAUGAGGGCAUUGUGUUGACUGCUGAAGAGACGAACGAAACCCAUGAUCUACACAAAUCCAAUGUAUUGGAGCGGCCAAAAGUUAUUUACAAUGACUACACGGGAAAGUAUGUAAUGUGGAUGCAUAUUGACGAUGUCAACUAUACUAAAGCUGCUGUUGGUGUUGCUGUUAGCAAUUACCCGACAGGUCCUUUUGAUUAUCUCGGUAGCCAAAGGCCCCAUGGAUACGAGAGCAGGGACAUGACCAUCUUCAAAGAUGAUGAUGGAGUAGCUUAUCUGGUUUAUUCGUCCGAAGACAACAGUGAGCUUCACAUUGGGCCACUAGCCAAAGAUUAUCUAGAUGUGAAGACUGAAAUACGAAGGAUUCUGGUUGGACAGCACCGGGAAGCCCCCGCUCUGUUUAAGUACAGGGGGACUUAUUACAUGAUCACCUCAGGUUGCACUGGAUGGGCACCUAAUGAAGCACUUGCUCAUGCAGCUGACUCGAUCAUGGGACCAUGGGAGACAAUGGGAAACCCAUGCAUUGGAGGGAACAAAAUGUUUCGACUGGCAACAUUUUUCGCUCAGAGUACAUUUGUGAUCCCUUUGCCUGGGAUUCCAGGUUCAUAUAUUUUCAUGGCAGACCGGUGGAAUCCAGCCGACUUAGGUGACUCGAGAUAUGUAUGGUUACCCUUAAUAGUUGGUGGCCCGGCCGAUCGACCUUUUGAGUUCAAUUUCGGAUUUCCACUGUGGCCGAGGGUGUCCAUUUAUUGGCAUCGGAAGUGGAGACUUCCAUCGAGUUGGAGUGCGUAGAAAUUAUCUCAUUUUUCUUCUUCCCAAAUAUAUGGUAUUAGUGUAUUGUAUAUUAAGGCUGUUCACCGAUUCUUUCAGCACAUCAUAUGGUUAUCUCCUGCACUGCAAUAACUUGAUGUACAUGUUUGAUCUCCUGCACUGUCAUUGGUAAGA